CUUUAUAGAGCGCGCGCUGUACACUGUACUGUACAUGAGCGCGCGGAGGGCGGAGCGACUCACGCGCCUCUGUUCACUUCGCUUCACGUCCCAGUAAGAAGAAGAAGAAGGAGAAGAAGAAGGAGAAAGCGAGCACACACACACACGCGCGCGCGUGCACAGACACACACACACACACACACAUAUAUAUAUAUAUAGAUACACUCACACAAGGACUUUCUAUCUUUCUGCUACGUUUAAUCACACAUCGACGUGUCGGCACGCCGCACCCUGAGCCUCACGAGCUAGAAUACACACUCUCUCUCUCUCUCUCUCUCUCUCUCUCUCUCUCUCUCUCUCUCUCUCUCUCUCUCUCUCUGAACCUGUAACCUCUUGUCUUAAGAGUCGUCCUUGCUGGGAAACACUCGGAUCUUCACACGAGUGGUUGUGAGACAUCCCAGAGGACCCUGCCUACAGAAAACAGUCAACCAGACACACAUCUCUGAACCACACUGGUGGCGUCUCAUGGUAUUAGUGGUUGCAGCGAGCAUCAGGAUUGGUCGCUGAGCUGUGGGAUGUCCGUCUGACUCAGCGACGCGAAUGACAGGCAUCUGUCCUCAAGUGGGGCCCGCCUCAGUCUCACAUGAUUGGCUGCUGGAUGGAAUUAAGGUGAAUGGAACACAUGCCCAAGGAGCAGGAUCUUAACCAAUCAGAGACAGAAGAGAAACGGUGGCUCAAUGGCACAAAAAGGAAGAGGAAGAAUAGUCAGUGUUCGAUGAAGAACAUGUCAGGGUACAUCCCGAGUUAUCUAGAGAAGGAUGAGCCGUGUGUGGUGUGUGGAGACAAAGCCACUGGCUACCACUACCGCUGUAUAACCUGUGAGGGCUGCAAGGGUUUCUUCCGGCGCACCAUCCAGAAGAACCUUCACCCGUCGUAUUCCUGCAAGUACGAUGGCUGCUGCAUCAUCGACAAGAUCACACGCAACCAGUGCCAGCUGUGCCGCUUCAAGAAGUGCAUCGCAGUGGGCAUGGCCAUGGACCUGGUUUUGGACGAGGCGAAACGAGUGGCCAAGCGGCGUCUCAUCGAGGAGAACCGGGAGAAGAGGAAGAAGGAGGAGAUGGUGAAGACCCUGCAGAACCGACCCGAGCCCACGGGUACAGAAUGGGAGCUGAUCCGCCUCGUGACCGAGGCUCACCGCCACACUAACGCCCAGGGCUCACACUGGAAACAGAAACGCAAAUUCCUGCCUGAAGACAUCGGCCAAUCUCCUGUAGCCCCCACGUCAGAUGGGGAUAAAGUCGACCUGGAAGCCUUCAGCGAGUUUACCAAGAUCAUCACGCCAGCCAUCACACGUGUCGUCGACUUUGCCAAAAAACUGCCCAUGUUUUCAGAGCUGCCUUGUGAGGAUCAGAUCAUCCUGCUGAAGGGCUGCUGUAUGGAGAUCAUGUCUCUGCGGGCGGCGGUGAGGUACGACCCCGAGAGCGAGACUCUGACGCUGAACGGAGAGAUGGCCGUGAAGAGAGAGCAGCUGAAGAACGGCGGCCUGGGCGUGGUCUCCGACGCCAUCUUUGACCUUGGCAAAUGCCUCGCGCAGUUCAACCUGGACGACACGGAGGUGGCGCUGCUGCAGGCUGUGCUGCUCAUGAGCUCGGACCGCUCAGGUUUGACGUGCAUGGAGAAGAUCGAGAAGUGCCAGGAGACGUACCUGCUGGCGUUUGAGCACUACAUCAACUAUCGCAAGCACAACAUUCCCCACUUCUGGCCCAAGCUGCUGAUGAAGGUGACGGACCUGCGCAUGAUCGGGGCGUGUCACGCCAGCCGCUUCCUGCACAUGAAGGUGGAGUGUCCCACCGAGAUGUUCCCUCCUCUCUUCCUCGAGGUCUUUGAGGACCAGGAAGUGUGAGCGCUAGAAAGGAACGACGUUUUUGUUAUGUUUUUUUUUUUGUACACACCUGAGCAUCUCCGUCCUUUUUAAACACUUCGACACACGUCCCGGUCCCGGUCCCGGUUCAUCCGCCUUCCCACGCGUGGAACGCACCAGCAGCAUGAUUUCAGAGGCAGGACCUUCUCCGGAGUUCAUGUGCUCCUUUGAUGUUUUGCAGAAAACGGCUAUUUAUUCUACGUUUGCUUUUUUUACAGAGUGUUUAAACUCCUUCCACUUUAAAUUUUCUCCGCCAGCCUGUUCGCAGGCGGCCCUUCUGUCUCUGCGCUACGUCUUAGACUGAUCUACCUGAAACUGAACCUUUAGCAGCUAUGGACACACACACACACACACACACACACAUGUCUAACCUCAAGUCAGAACACUUCAACACACACACACACACACACACACACUACGCUCACACCAGCUACUCAGAGCAGCUCUGUAGCACGGGGCGUGUACAGAAACAAGGCGCUAAUUCAGCGCUAGAUUCGUGUUAGCCAGUGGUCAGGUCAUUUCAGU